AUGCCCCACCCUCUCCACUUCCCAUCAUUACCCACUGGCUUCCAAGGAUACACUGCCAUUCUUCCCCAUCAUUACACUGGCCCACCUCCGGAUGGCCCCACCUCGCCAACUUCCAUCAUUAACCCCACCUGGCUUCCGAGGAUUUGUACACCUCGCCACUUCCCAUCUUCCCCUUUAUCGUUCCCACUGGCUUCCAAGGAUACACCUCGCCACUUUAUCAUUCCCCCACUGCUCAUAACCACCUCGCCACUUCCCAAUCAUUCGCCACUGGCUUCCAAGGUACACCUAGCCCACUUCCCAUCAUUCCCACUGGCUUCCAAGGAUACACCUCCGCCACUUCCCAUCAUUCCCAUUGGCACCAAGGUUCCAAGGAUACACUCGCCACUUCCCAUCAUUCCCACUGGCCUUCCAAGGAUACAACUCGACACUCCCCACCACAUUCGCCACUGGCUUCCAAGGAUCCAAGUACACCUCCGACACUUCAAUCAUCAUUCCCACUGGCUUCCAGGAUAA